AUGUAUCACGGCUCCAACUACUCCCCGGCGCAGGCGCCUCUUAAUUGCUUUGGAUGCGGGUUUGGUACACAACCGGGCACCCUUUCUCGCACCUUUAAUGCCCUCUUCCGGCACAGUCAUGCACGAGAAGCGGACUAUCGCGCCCAGCUCCGCGAAGGGGACGCCCACCUCGAUGCAGCUCAGGCCCUUUUGAACUCAUACACGCGAACCGUUCGGCGUGACGUCCGUCUUCAUAUGUAUCAAAGCAUUGAAAGGCUACGCGCCAACCGCCGUGCUCUCGAUGUGUUCGCGGUGCACGGAGACUCGCGACGUGCUCAAGCUGAUGCGCUCUCCCGGGCAACUGCGUAUCGUCGAGGCGCCUUUGACCUCCACGCUGUCGCAAUCUGCCCAGACAGGGGCAUCACGGAGCCAUACUUCGACCAGAAGCAGAAGCUCAUCGUACGCCCCUGGUUCCCAUCUACCUACGCACCAAGAGGAGCCCCUGGAAAUAACGGUUCAUACCCACCGGCCCUCAACUCUCCAGGAACCAACGUUCUCGGUAUCCACAAUGGCGAUUGUGCAAGACUGGAUUUGCCUCCGAUUAAGCAGCUACCGACACCCAAAGGGUCUCAAUCCACCCAAUAUACCACUGCGUCCGAAGGCUCUUCUAGACGUGCUGCUCCAACCGCGCUCAAGCGGAGCAGUAUCCAAACCACCACGAGCGUAUCCACUUCCGGUUCAUGGCACACGGCAUCUACCGGCCGUUCGAGCCGUUCUCGUUCCAGCUCCCACUACUCGUCUCCUCAGCAUCCUGGCCACCUCCAGCCUGAGAUGCGCUCUCACACCCAGCAACCAGUCACGGUGAUGCCCCGUGGCUACCACACGUCACGUCGUGGAUCGAGGGAAGACCCUCAUGCGCGCCACCCCGCUGGUUCAAGGAACCACUACUAG